AAAUCGCGCUUUGAAAAUGACUAUGACCAAGAUAAGAAUGGUGUGCUUGAGAACGAUGAAAUAACGAAAUGGCUUGUACUGGGCUUGAAUUCUACUGCAGCAGAGGAAACGAAACAUCUGAUGUCUAAAGCAGAUAAAGAUGGUGAUGGUCGUCUAAGCAUUGAUGAAAUACUCGACGAAUCGGAUCUCUUUGUUGGCUCAGAAGCAACGAAUCACGGCGAAAAUUUGGUUGAACUUUCACAUGAUGAGUUAUAG